AUGUCCGAUCAUCCAACUGCAAUUCCCAAAGGCUCCUGGGUUCUUGUGACAGCCGCAAACGGUCACACUGGGAGUCAUAUUGUCUUCGAGCUAUUGAAGAGAGACUUCAAGGUCCGCGGCACUGUUCGAGACUUGAAAUCCAGCCAGUGGUUACUUGAGGACGACUUUGUUUCCAAGUACGCAGAACGCGGUCAUAUCGAGCUUGUAGUUGCUGAUACGACCAAACCCCAUGACUUUGAUAGAGCCGUACAGGGCGUUGUGGCUGUCAUACAUGUUGCAGUCAUUGGGGAUUUGGUUCCUGAUCCCAAUGUUGCCAUUCCAGCUACUAUAGAGUCAGCCUUGUCUGUUUGUCGGUCAGCAGCAAAGGAACCAUCCGUGAAGCGAUUUGUCUUCACUUCAACCUUUUGGGCUGCUACCUUUCCAGUCCCUGGUGCCAGUGAUACCAUUACAAACCUUGACACUUGGAACGAUGCUGCGAUUCAAGCUGCUUGGGCCCCUCCUCCAUAUGAAUCGGAUCGAAUUCUGCCGGUGUAUUUCGCAGCCAAGGUUGAGGCAGAAAAGGCAGUCUGGAAGUUUGUAAAAGAUGAGACACUCCCCUGGGUAGUCAACUCAGUCAGCCCUUGUGUUAUCCUGGGAGACCUCCGAGAUGAUAAGCAUCUGCGGUCCGUACCGCCCCAGCUCAUUGAACAGCUUUAUUUGGGCAAUACUGAAAAGCUGCAAACUCCAGCUAUGUAUUACAGCCACGUCACUGAUGUCGCAAUUAUCCAUGCCGCCGCUGCAAUCGACCCCGGCGUACAAGGUCAACGCAUUCAAGUUCUCGCAUCAUCUUUUACAUGGAACGACUGUCUAGAUAUCCUACGAAGCGCUUAUCCCAACCGCAGCUUCUUAGAUAACUUUAUUUCUGGCGACCCGAAAUUGAUAUACAACAUUGAGAGGGACAUUGCUCUUGAUCUCCUACAGAAAUGGGCCGGGCGUGGUUGGAUCAGUUUGGAGUCGAGUGUUACAGAAGUGGUGAAUUACUUGUUCAAGGCCAAGAGGCUGGAUAACAAGUAG